GUAAUCCGCGGGACCCGGAGUUCGUAAUUCAUCGGAGAGCCCCAGGUAGAGGGGAAAAGUGAGAGCGGGUAUAAAAGGGAAAUUCUUAUUCCCCCUAGACCACAGUCGAGAAGUGCUCAUCUCCUUUUCGUUCGCUCGCCGAGUAAUUCAUGAUCGAUCGGUGCCUCUGACCCGAUUUCGAAUCACCCAGUGAAGUCGUUUUACCUGCGAGUACACGCAAUGAAGUUUCUGGUAAGCCGUUAUUUUCUUUCUUUCCUCCUGGAAGAAUCACGGAAUCAUCAUCAAUUUUUUUACUCCAACAUGAACGAACAUAUUUUUUUUUAACCGUUUUAAAUGAGAAGUUACCUCUAAGUGAAUAUUCUGAGACGCACUGGCGCGGAUCUUGUUCAAUUUUUUCUUUUCUCCUGGACCAUUUGCAAUGACAGUAUCUCAUUAGUUCUUGAGGACGACAUGCGUGGAAAAACUUAUCGAGAGUUUUAGAAAGCGGAUCGCACAAAAUCCGGACCGUUCUCUCGCAAAAUGAGAAGACACUCGUCCUGCCGGUCUCCGUCGAUUCGCCACGCGUUGCUCUAAUAGGAGAAAUCUGCGAUUAACGUAGAAGUAAGACGAUACUUUCCCUGAAAAAAGUCGUAAAAAAAUAAUAAAGUACCUGCGACGCAGGGUAAACGUCCUGCGUUAAAAUUUAAGCUGCAGAACGUAACGAUCGGUAGCGGUGGCAAGCCGCGGUAAUUGAAACGUUCAUUGCGUAUUAUCUAAUAAGAAGUAGCGAGGUUCCCGCGGUGAUGCAACCCAGCGUCGUCUCCUCGCAUGCAAAUCGCGAAAGUAUCUAUAAAUUGGCCAACCGGACGAGCAGCCGACCGUAAAAGGGCUCGCCGGAAGCCGUGGGUACUAGCCGCGUUGUUGGGGUUGACCCUUGCCCAAGAACCUCUCCAUCAUGGUCGCAACACCUACCGCGAGGACGAAAGGCAACCCUCCGACGACAGGCACUCCACCACCACGUACAUUCCCAUUUUGCAAUGGAACAAACAGCAGGAACACGACGGCACGUACAAGGCCAGCUACGAGACCGGGAACAACAUCAUCGCCGAGGAGAGCGGAUACAUCAAAACCUUAGGAGAAGGCGCGGACCAGACGGAAGCUCUCGUUCAGCAAGGAAGUUAUUCUUACACGAGCCCCGAGGGCCAGCUAAUCACCGUACAUUACACCGCCGACGAAACUGGAUUCCACGCUUCCGGAGACCACAUCCCGACGCCUCCUCCGGUCAGCGAGGAGAUCCAAAAAGGCCUCGACCUCAUAUACGCCGGAAUCCGCCAGCAGCAGGAGGCCGACGCUCGCGAGGCUUCCCAAAAGUCUCAGCAGCCCUUCAACCAGCAGAUCGACCGGAGAGACGACGCCGACCGGAAAUAUCGCCAGUGA